AUGAACAAGAACGUAUCCGAAAACUCGCCGCCGAUGACAAGAACCCUUCACUUGAUGUGGGGCCUAAUGGUCAUCCUCUAUUCACCUCGGCACCUUCCCUCUCCCGCAACGAUGCCCGCACCUACUUCAAGCUCACGUAUUGUUCCCACUAACCUCGUUUUUCGUUGUGGCAUUCUGUCGAACAGUAUGUCGAAUGGGGUCUGUCGAAUGGUGGUUAGUGGUUCUGAUGGUUUAGUUUUAAAAAAUUUUGAGGUCCCCACAGGUUGGAAGUUCUUUGGUAAUUUAAUGGAUGUUGGAUUAUGUUGUGGUGAAGAAAGUUUUGGGACUGUAAAUAGUGUCAACCACAACAGUGGAAGGAAUCUUCUUAUCAUGGCUAACCUCAGAAUGAGUUGUACUGCAUUGUUUUCCACCUUAUCUCAAGCACUUGUCUUCCUUGCUUUGUUUUUCGAGUAUAAUAAAAUGACUGAACAACUAGGGGUGCUAAAAAUCAUUGUUGUGCAAGGGAAAAGGUUGGUGAUCCGAGAUUUCAAGAAUAGUGAUCCUUAUGUUGUGCUCAAACUAGGGAACCAGACUGCAAAGACCAAGGUAAUUAAUAGCUGCUUGAAUCCUGUUGGAAUGAAGAACUAA